UUUCAAGUUGGUUUCUGCGUCUAAACUUUUACUAAAUAUCCUUGCAAUUUUGAAAAUAUACCCCACCCUCUCGCGCUCUCCCUCCUGUCUCUCGAGCGAUAGCUUUCGAUCCUGCCAUCUGCGACGGUGAUUUGGUUUUUGGAUUCUCAGUUUUCGUUCAAGCACUCUGUAUAGUUUGUCUCCGUAACUCAAAAGUCGAGGCUUCUGGCUAUGACGGAUAUGAUUCUUACAUCGGAGAAGCCUUCAAAUCCACCGCCAUUGGAUCCUCCGGCAAGAGUAAUUUGCCAUGUGUGCCAGAAACAGUUUUCACAGUACACUUGUCCUCGAUGCAACUCUCGGUACUGUUCUCUUUCUUGUUACAAGUCUCACAGUACCCGUUGUACCGAGUCCUUCAUGAGAGAGAAUGUGGUUGAUGAGUUGCGACAAGUUCGAUCAGACGAUCAAUCUAAACAAAAAAUGCUUGAAAUAUUGAGGCGGUUUCAUGCGGGAGAAGAAGAGGAUGAGGGAAUCGAUAUCAUGGAUGGUGAUGAUUCAUCUCUAUCCGAAGAACUGAUUGAGAAGGUUCUGUCUGGAGGUGAAAUCAGUCUUGAUGAUUUAACCCCGGAAGAGAGGAAACGGUUCCAAAGGGCCGUGGCAUCUGGAGAAGUAAGCAAAUUGAUUGAUCCUUGGGGACCAUGGUGGCUAAGCCCUUCAGCUCGUACAAUCUCUUUAAGUCAGGAAGGCACACAGCUCGUACAGUGCAUCACAGAAGAAAACGCUGAGCAAGAGAGUAAUACUAAUAGGGUAGAGGGCGAAAUCCCUCGAGGACCCGAUUCACCUCUGCCCCCUUUAAGCAAGCUCAGCAUAACGAGACCGUCUCCCCAUUUGCCAGUCCAUCUGGUCGACAUCAUAUACAGUUCUUGUUUCACACUCCGUAUCUACAAUGGGGACUGGCAGUCGGAUCCGUUAGGUUCAGCGACAACGGUACUGAAUAUUUCAUCGGUUUUGAGUCAGAGUUCGCAGCCCGAAACCGUGAAGGAAGUGUUGUCGUACUGCUUGGAAAAGACAUGCUCUCCAUCAUAUAAACACAUGGGUGGUCUGAAACUCGGAUUGAAUCUCGUAGACGACAUAGUUUCGUUGAUGUCCCUUGGCUCAGCUCCAUUGAUAUGCCUUCUCUCCGAUCUGCAGAGGGUAAUAAAGGCUGCGACAAGGGAAGUAAGGUCGAGCAGAAGCAGCAGAAAAUCGUGUCUGAAGAUGGCAGAGAGGAAAGUGUUCUUCAUGAUGUGUUGGGUGAAGGAGCAGCCACCGGAAGUGUGGUCGGCUCUGGCCAACAUUGUUAGGACGGAGAAGGGCAUUCUGGUUGAGAUAUCCGAGUCGAAAGGGCGUUACGACGUGAAGAAAGAAGUCCCCAUCCGAAACGGUGGUGUGAGCAUCGAGGAGGUGGGAUGAGGUACUCAAGAUCCGUGGAUUUUCGGGUAUCCAGUCUUGCAGAUAUUCGGGAUCCAGCCAUCAACAAAACCGAAGGCGUGUGCGAUAAGGUCAACCCGAACCACGGAUUCAUAUUUGGAGGGUUUUUUUUUUCCUAAUCACGACGAGUUACCUCGUUCAGAAGUAAAAUUACGUUUUUACCUUUAUUUUUUUUAUAGAUUACAAUACUAAUUAGGUCUUGUAAAAUUAUCCUAUAUAUCUCAAUCGAACCAAAGUUUCUUAAAAUUUGUUGGGAUGAAAACGAGAUUGGGUAUCUAAAAAAUUUGGGUUUAUGCA